AUGACGGAGCAAACCGCAACGCAAACGGGUGCACAAGCCCCCGGGCCGCACGCCAGCAAUGGCAUGGCUGAGUCAAAGCCUUCAGAGGGAAGUGUAGCCGUCAAAAGCGAUCUGAACGCGAAAGACAACGCGCAAAUGUCGCCUGCUUCGAAGCCCGACAAUACUGCUGCGGGGCCUCGCGCCAGCCCAAAGAAACGCCGCAAGGUCAAUCAUGCAUGCGUCUACUGUCGGCGAUCGCAUAUGACCUGCGAUUCGGAGCGCCCGUGCACUCGAUGUAUAAAGCGCAAUAUCGGACACCUGUGCCAUGAUGAGCCGAGAGAACCGUCGAAACGAUCGCGUAGUGAGCACGAACAGUCUGCGGCAGACGAAGAGGGCUCCUCAAACAACGAAUACCCGAAUGUCCACGCGAUGCCCAGGAAAGUGGAGAUUCCAGAUGCUGCGGGACAGCAGAUCUUGACCGAUGGGACUCUUGGCCUUACGUCCUCCUCAAUGAAUGCGGUGCAACCCGGGCCCAUGUCUUCUUCGACAGGCCAGAACCUAGGUGUCACCUCUCAGCAGCUUCUCGGGUACAAUGACUGGGUCGGAGGCCAGAGCCAGUUCCAGGAUAUGCACACGUUCCAUCCUUCUUAUAUGUUCAACGCGCCCGAAGUUACGCACGAAUACAACCUUCUCGGCGAUUUCCUCAGCAACAGUUUGUUAGAUGAUGGAGGAAUUUUCCAGAACGAUGAUAUGCAGAGAAUGUACUCGGACCCGACGUUAAUCAACUCCAUGGCCGUUCUGGGCGGCCCCAAUCCGUCCCUCCUCCAGCAAUCCCAGCCAUUACAACAGCCGCAGAACCAACAGACGCAGGGGGACAGUACUUCAGGCCCAGUUGGCGCUAUUGGAAAUGACAAGGCAAGGGAAACAUACUACAUGACUGCGGCUGAUCCCUCCGGCUCUGAUCCACCAGAAGAGCGUAUGAACAAGCUCCUCAAAGCGAAGUACGAUGCCGGCCUCCUGCGGCCGUUCAAUUAUGUCAAGGGCUACGCAAGACUCAACCAAUACAUGGAGAAGAACCUACAGCAGUCGUCGCGACAAAAGAUCCUUCGACAGUUAGACAAGUUUCGCCCGAAGUUCCGAGAGAGGAUGCAGAGCCUGACGGAUGUUGAACUUAUACUGGUGGAGAUGUGGUUCGAACGGAGUCUCAUGGAGUAUGACCGUGUCUUCGCUAGUAUGGCUAUACCUGCAUGUUGCUGGAGACGAACGGGCGAGAUCUUCCGUGGUAACAAAGAGAUGGCCGAGUUAAUUGGUGUUCCGAUCGAGGUUCUCAGAGAUGGCAAACUGGCGAUCCACGAGAUUGUGGUCGAAGACCAACUCGUGAGCUACUGGGAAAAGUUCGGCGCCAUUGCCUUCGACAACACGCAGAAAGCAAUGCUCACGAGCUGUACCCUGAAGAACCCAAAUGCUUCCACGCCCUCUGACGGAAUACGAUGCUGUUUCUCCUUCACUAUUCGCAGAGACAACCAUAAUAUUCCCUCACUUAUCGUUGGCAACUUCCUACCAUCGCAACGGAAAAGCAAAUAA